AUGUCGGCAAGUAUGUUACGGCAGAUGCUAUUGGACGCCGCGGCAUUUCUGAAAGCUGCGCGCUAUCAAGAAGCAUUGGAAUCUAGUCGUCGAAUAACACAGUUGGAUCCAAACAAUUUCCAGGCUUUCAUGUGCGUAGGGCUCGCGUGCUUUCAAUUACACCAGUGGAAAGACUGUGAGGAAGCGUAUCGUCGAGCAGCAGAUCUGAAGCCAGAGACGCCAGCGCCAUGGAAGCAUCUUGUGGACUUAUUUGAAGCUACAAAUAACGUCAAGAGCAAGUUGGAGCCACUGGAGAAACUUGUGGACAUUAAUUUAAGAGGCAAUAAGCUGAAACGAUGUCAGAAAUGGGUUGCAGAGGUAGCAGUCACUGCUUUGGGGCUGAAAAUGCUUUCAAAGGCUUUUGACUCAUGGUACGCACUAGUAGGAGAGCAGGAUGGAGCUUUGAGGCAAAUAUCAUUGGAGAAGAUCCCGAACGAAGAGCUUCCGUCACAGCUGAAAAUUUGGUUUGAACUAGUUGAUCUACUGCAGCAUCCUGGAUUCAUUCUAUCAGAUUGUUGUGGCAGCUAUUCAGUGGAAGAGAUCUGUAGCCAAUUUUUUGCGCUUGCAUCUCGCUUGGACUGGGCAGCCGAAAAUGAAGAGGUUGCCGCAUUUCGGCAGCGCAUGGACGUCGCGAUUGCGUUUUUUAUGCGAUUCCAUUUGGAUGCCGUAAAGACUUCGAAAAAGAAGACGGUACUUCUUAAGACGGUGGAUACGCUGGCAAUGUCGAUCAUUGAUUGGUUUCCUGGAUCCAAGAUCCCGGCGGAAUUUCUACUUCUUCGAUCCGAGGACCAAGACAGCCCUAUCAGCUUUGAACAAGCCAAAGCAAUUGCGACUAGACUGUUCGUAAACCACCCUAAGAGUCCAAUGGCUCUUGUGUUUAAAGCGGUCGAGUAUUUAGGCGAGGGAAAGAGUAGUGAGGCGAGAGAGAGUCUUGUUGACGCACUCGCAGGAUAUGCUUCGUCAUCCUUCCAGGAAUGUGCUCUUUGCAUUCGCGUGCAGGUCGAAUCAGCGUCUAUCGCACUUGCAGCGCGCGAUGUGGAUGGUUGUUUGGACCGCCUUGCAUUGGCCAAACAAGUGGUGAAUGACAAGACGAAAUUACUUGGAUCUGAAGGUCCGCUUCAUGAGCUAUACUCCGACGUGAAGGUGUUGUUCAUGACGGCAGCUGCAUGCGAAUACUCAGGUAAAUUGGAUAAGGCCUUGGAGCACUACCGAUGGGUUAUACAGAGUGCUCGUUCUCAUUUUGCGGUGAGAGCGGCAAUUGCAGCAGCAGAGUUGUUAGCAGAAAAAGCACGCAAGCAGGAGGCCUUCGACGUCAUCGAUUCUGUUUCGUUAUCUGAAGUAGAGGAUGAAACAAUGCGAGCUACCGUGUUAUGCUUACGCGGGUGGCUUCAGUUUCAGCUCGGCUUUCUCCAGCAGGCUCAAGCAUUGCUGGAGGCAAAUGUAGGCAACAUUAAGCCCAGUGAUGUUUUUGGCAGAGGACAAACACUCAAGCGGUUGGCAAUUGUUUACUGGCAUUUGGGUGGCUCUCAUCAAACCGCCAAAACAGGUUGUUUUGGUCAUCUUUUACAGGCCGCCAAAUUGACGCCUUCCGACGCGGAGAUCUUUUCCUGGCUGGGUAAAUGGUACCAAGACGUUGCAAGAGACAUUUUACGUGCCGAGAAGUGUUUCUUAAAGGCACUUUCACUGUCUCCCACUAAUGAGCUAGCAGGAGUUGGCCUGACCAAUCUGUACGAUCUGCAAGGAAAGUACGAUGCGAGCGUGGCACUUUGGAAGCAAGUAACUACUGAUCAGGAAACAGCUCCUACAUGGGCGCUUCUGCGGCUAGCUCAACAUCUAGUGGAGCACAACGACGAAACUGGAGUGGGGAAAAUGCAUCUAGUGCUGCGUAAUGAUCCUAUGAAUGCUCGUUAUUGGGUAAUUAUGGCACACAUCUACCAAAAUUUUGGCAAGCAAGUCUCAGCACAGAGGUCAUACUUGAAAGCCAUUGAGCUUGGCGAAGACAGCUGGUGCAUUCGCUGUGAGCUGGCAAGGAUUGAAGGCUCAUUGUUGCUUUUCGACGAUGCUUUAAAUCGUAUCAAACCGGUAGUUACUGGCGAGUUGUUGGAUGGCGAUCCAGAUGUGACCGUUGCUUCCAUGAUUUAUUCCGACCUGCUUUUUCAGCAAUCAAAAUACUUAUGCGCAGAAGGAUUGUACGGCAAUGCAGCUGCUAAUUUGAAGGAGGCAUCGCACAUAAUGAAUCGACUGCCAUCGACUUCACCUGUGUCUGCAUCAGCAGAAGCGUGUAAGCUGAUCGGUGACAUCCACUGCUUUGCGUUCUACUUGUCACCUGAAAACUUUUUGAAUGAAGGUUCGACGUGGGUUGAUUUUAUUAGCAUGGGAAGGAAGGCUUAUGAGGCAGCUGUGCUGCUUGCCAGGAAGAGUGAAAAGGAGAUUGCCGAUAGUUCCGAUGCAGUGGUAAUAGCGGAGAGAUACUACGACGUCGGUCUGAGUUAUUGGUAUGAAGCCCAAGCUGUUAACAAUAUGCAUGGCAUUUUCACUUCAGCUUUUUCAAUCAAACAAGGUCACACCGACAUUACCGAAGAUGCUGCUAUCGUGAAGCUUAAAGCAAAAGCAAUGAUGAACUUCAAGCUGGCACUUCAGGAGGAUCCUUCGUGCUCGUUAGCCUGGAAUGGUCUGGCACUCGUGUCGGACAAUCUGCUAGUAAAGCAGUUUGCCUGGGCACGAUCAAUCCAAACUGGUAGCAAUACCGAUGCCACGUGGGCAAAUCUUGGCAUGUUCUACCUCAGCCAUGCUGACACCGUGCCGGCAACAGCGCCUCUAGCUCAAAAAUCGUUCAUCCAGCUGCAGAGCAUAAAUCCAAGCAACCCAUCCAUGUGGAAUGGAUAUGCUAUGUUGGCUCGUCGCCGUGCUAGCUCGGCAGUUCAGCAAAGGAAAUCGAUUGAAGCAUUUGAUUGUGCGUUAGAGACUGGAUUGGAUUUGGAUGCUCUGCUCGGUUUGUGCAUGGCACUACUUGAAUUCGGGGAUAAUGCUGAUGAAUCGAUUACGAAUGCGCAAGAACACGGCAAUGAGCAGAUGGCGUUCUAUCUAACCAAGUAUUUGGAGCGGGACCCAUUUAACGGAGACGCAUGGCAUGCACUCGGUAUCACACAGCAUCGUCUUGGGCUUUACUCCAAAGCUUUGACAUCUUACGCCCGCGCGGCGUCGUUACAACAUGCACGUGAGGGACUUGAAUGGAACACGCUCGUUACCACACUAGGCGAACUGUCGUGUAAGCUCCCGGGUUCUUCAACUGACGAGUCUGCGCUAUUGCACAAGAUCAGCGCACAGAUUAAUCGAUCGCCAGGAGGAUCCUCUGUACUGCAAGACAUCGUCCAAGCGCAUAUACUGUACCGUCAAUCGAAGGAAUGUGAGUCGUUGGGUUUGCUUCAGGUGCUGUUGUCGAAGGACGACUCACAGUCGAAUGAUAGCGAAGUCGUUGCACUCGUGGGCCUAUCGAUGGCGAGCUUGCUAAUGGACAAAUUCACCGCUCAGGCGACCUGUCUUGCAGCAGCGUGUAAGAAUCAUCUCUUGUCAUCAAUUAGUCAAGCUGGGUUAGCUCUUUCUAGGUGGGACCAUCUGAAUCUUCGAUUGGUGGAGCUUCAUGAGCGGUGGGUAGGCGCCGAAGAUGGUUGCCUGACUCGCCUACAAGCACUAUCACAAAUUGAUGACCAUGUCAACUCCAAUGCGCUAUGGAUGAGACUUGUUCUUGCAACGAUUGAUUCGCAAACCCUUCAGGUGUCCAGCUGUCUUGCUGAAUACAUACAAUCUGGUGCGAGCAAUUUUCCGUCCUCUAAUACGGACACGGCGGAUCGCAUAUUUCUGGAUGCACUAUUGGGACUGAUCAAGGCUGGUCCACCUGAAACAAAGAGUUUGUGUUGGGAUUCACAAAAGUUGAUUCGUGCUCAGCCUUGGAACCCGCAAGCUUACAUUAUGGCUGGGGCAAGUGUUCUUAAGCGGAUGAAUCUUGAAGCGAAGCAUGAGUCCACGAAUGAGUACGAAAGUGCCCAAUUAGAGCUGUUAACGAGCUACUGCUUUGUUAAGCUUGAUGACCAGGAUGCAGCGAUUGCUACUUCAACAAAAGCUUUGAACCGAGUGGCAGCAGGCAUGGAGAGCGGUGUCUUGGUACGUUCAGUGGACACGGAACUGUUAGAAUCACGUUUGCUUUCGAUCUCAAACCCAGCGAGGGCUAUCAACAAUUACUUGGCUACAAUUGCCGCUAUUGCGAAUGGAACUGUGCCUUCUUCAGGCCGAUUGGUUCCGAUUCUCGUUGAGCUGGGUGGACUUUACGAAGAACAGCAGCUCUUGGAUGCUGCCAUCAACGUGUGGAAGCUUGUAGCUUCGCUGACCGCUACCAGAUCUGUUGGCUCCAUCGAUGCCGAAGAUAAUGCGAGUAGUACUAUCACCGCUUCUAGUAGCAACAGCAACAUCGCCACUUGUUUUUUUGCCAACUUGCGGCUGUCGCUCAUUCAUGGUAAGAAGAACAACGUCAAGUCAGCGCGCAAGCAUAUUAAGGUUGCAGUAACCCUCGCCGAAGCUGGCUCCAAUUUAUCUACCGUUGCAGCGUUUGUGGAAAAUGUCCUCGCGAACUAG